UCAGGCAACUGUAUUUGGUGCCCAAAUGAUCUUCAAACACCUGAGCACUUUGCGAUUGAAUGCCAGGUCAGCUCCUUGAUCUGGAAGGAGACUUAUAGCUUUCUAAAUAUUAUUAGUGAAAAAACCCCAUCAACCUUGAAAGAAGUCUUCCAAAUUCUAGACACACCACACUCUCAA